AUGAACUUAGUGCACCUGAUGACAAAUGGAACCUCCCAGGACCUUGAGGUGGUCAUACAGUCUCACUUCCAUAUCACCGAUGAUUCUGAGAGGACUGCUGAAGAGAAGCCUGCUGUAUUGUGGUACUGCAUCUAUGAGGAUCAGGAUGACUCUCGAUCAGAGUUUCUUGAUGCUGAACUCCCUCAGGGACUUUUCUUUGUUCCUGGACAGUCGUGGGAGCUUGAUUUUGACUCUCAUGUUCAGCAGGCAAGAACAGUUUUUGAGAGGAUGUAUCCUGGGGAGGAUUUCCUUCCACGAGCACCUGAUCCUGAAGACAUUGUGGUGCUGGAUCCUCCAGCCCCUGAGCCUGAGCAGCAGGAAAGAAACAAUGAGGAAGAUGGUGAUGUCACUGAGGAAGAUGUGGAUGAAAACAGAAGAGGAACAGAAGAAGUCAGAGAGAAUGAAGGAAGAGAUCAAGGAGAGGUUGAAGCAGGAGCAGUUAAAGAGGAUGUGGAUGGAGAAUGAGUCAUGAUAGAGAAUAGUAAAGAAAAUGGAGAUGGAGGUGAGAGGACUCACUUUUCAUAUGAAGCAGCACUCUUUUCAAGCUU